UUCACUCCAUUCUUCGUCUACUCGAUCAGUCGAACAUUGAAGCGCUACCGCAGUAAAUAAACGCUACGACCGGUGUUAUUAUUAUUUAUUUAUCAUCAUUGUCGGUUCGCCCGUGGACGUUGUUGGUGAUGGACUGACUGAUUAUAUAUAUUUUUUUUUGUGUGUGUUUGGGACCCCGCACGGAAAACACAACGAAGCACGAAACACGAAAAUGAGAUUAUUUAAACGAAGAUGUUCCGAUCCGAAUCCCCAGCUAGUAAGCCUUUCACCCCUCUCAGAACCCGACAGUCUUUCGAAGUCGUCGCGACAGCCAAGCUCCGAAAGCAUCGCAGAAUCAACAAAAUCAAAUAAAUCAACAUGGGGCAAGAUGGUGGGCCAAAAGUGGGACCAGCUCAAGCGUAGCGACUCCUCGGAAAUACUGCAGGUGACGCCGGGGAGGCGCAAACAAUGGUCGCCACUCCAUAAACAAACCACCCCCCCAAACGACGGGGUUUCGCCCAAGAGGAUGUCUCGAGUUGAAUCGCUGAAAAGUCUUCUGGGUUCCGAUGGUGAAGAGUCCAGAUUUGACAAACUGUCCAAGGCUGAGCUUAGGAAGAUCUACGAUAUGUACAAAAACGUCAACGACAGUCCACAGAAUGAAAGACCGACGAAGUCCAGAAGACGUGUCAAAAGCACCACUGACAACUUGGAGUUGAGUCAGCAGCAACUGUUAGACUAUCUGAUGUUGAUCAAGCCCGACAAUCAGGAACUGGAAAAGCUCUUUACCCAGGUCUCCAACGAGAGUCCCAAAAACAAAAACAGACUGGAGAUACUCAACGAAGAGAAAAAUCACUCCAAGCCAUCGAGGUUUAAAAUGAGGAACAUAUUCGGAAUCAGAUCUUCAUCCAAGUCGGACGACGAGUCGGAAUUCAAACCUACACGUUUAUUAUCGUCAACUGGAAGCUUGACAAGCCUGACCAAUUUCAUAAUGCCCCACAGAAGAAACUCCAAUCACUCCCCAGUGUUGCCCAACAAAAUUAAGUCGGACGAAAGUGGGUACGGCAGCGACUCAACCAGAACAACCGGCGUGGAUUCCCCACGAGGUUCCAUCAAGUCCCAACUUUCCGACUUGUCCAGCAACGACAAAAGGGAGAUCCUACCUAAACCAUCGACAUCCAAGAGCUGCUACAACGACGACACGGACACGGCCGAAGAGGACGACGACGAAAUGAUCGUGCCCAAAAAGUUUGGACGUUCAUUAAAAAAAUUCACCAACAAAAAACGGUCCAGAUCCCACAGCGAAGACUCGGACACGUUCUCCAGAAGGAAGAGCAUCAGACUGAAGAAGUCACCCAGCAAGGCGGAGAAGUUUAAAGUGUCCAUAGAGGAUUUGAGUCAGGCGUGUUGUGACAAGUUGAACAAGUUAAAAAUAGGCGCGGACUUUCGCAUGAAGCCAAAAGAGAGCUCGAAUAAGAUUUUGGAACGGGAGUUCAAGUGCGUGAGACUCAGACUGGAGAGGAACGAGAGCAUUGGAGUAGUGAUAUCCCCUUACGAAAACGGACCAGCUGUAACUUACACCAUCGCAAACAUUGAACCCAAAUCGGCAGCUGAAAAGAAUGGCAACUUGAGAGUGGGAGAUGAAGUAAUAAAACUAAACGGCACCCGAAUAAAAAACACUCCGUACACGUUCGCGGAAAAACAUUUGGCGGCGGUGAAUGGUGAACUGGAAAUAGUCAUUUCUAGAUUGCCGACCACGAAUGUUAGUAAAUCGACGACGAAAAGCAACAAAAGAACUAGUUCGUCUAGUUUUAUAGAUAUGCCAGUGCUGAAAUACACGGUGACCAGCGGCAGCAGUAAAAAACACCUGCCAUCUGGUAAGCCAGACGGGAAGGCAGACAGGCUGGUGACUCUGAACGAUAUUACGGCGGGCGCUCAAAAGACCGACGACGACCUGGAGAGUCGCGUGACUUUCAGCGAGAAGAAGAAACAAAACGACGACGGUGAAAUCUUCAAGAAACCCUACGACUAUCCGAAACCGAGGCCCAUAACCGGAAUGAGGAAGUUCUCGUACACGACCGACGCAACGAUUAAAAUACCGAACGACACGAAAAAUCCGAAACACAAGAACACACCUUACAAGACGGUCAAGUUCCACAAAGGGCCGGGCUACAAGAGUCUGGGGUUCUCGGUGGUGGGGGGCAAGGACUCUCCCAGAGGUCCCAUGGGGAUUUACGUGAAAACGAUAUUCGAACAAGGCCAGGCGGCUGAAGCUGGCACCUUGAAAGAAGGUGAUGAACUGUUAUCAAUAAAUGGAAAAUCAUUCGAAGGACUUACACAUCAUGAAGCGGUCGGAUUAUUUAAAAAUAUUAAAUGCGGUGAUGUUUUGAUAGAUGUUGUGAGACGUCCGACGUUUCAAAAGUUUUCCAGCUCAUUAUAAGGCGCUACUUAAUAUUACUGAUAUCAUUUCCAGUGUUGAAAAUUGUCGUACUCAAAAUUGCUCAAAAUUUAGUGUUAUUUUGUUAAUAAAUAAGUUAAUUUUGUAUAAUUAUGCUUCUUUAUGCAUUGAAUUGUUUCUGUUUAAUUUAUUUAUAACUGAAAUUUUCUUAUUGACUUUUUGGUUGACAUUACGUUUUUCCUUUUAGAAUUAGUUGUACUUUUGUUUCUUACAUUUUUAUUACUGGAAAUAAUGCCAAAUUAUAUUAAUUAAAUUAUAAUAGUUAAUAUAACUUUACUAAUGAUUUAAAGCACAAAGACUAAUUUUGCAUAUUUAACUAGGCCGAAAAACCAAAAAAUAAUUUAAAUAUUUAAUUGCAGCAAACGAAUAUUUAAAAAUAAUAGGUUUAUAUGGUUUUCGUAAAUGUAAAAAAUGUUGUUUAUUUAAAAAAAAAUGUUAGUUAAAUUUUUGACAUUUUGAAAACUGCUGUUAAUUUUUUCGAUAUUAGGAAUAUUGGCUGUGACAAAUAAUGUUUACGUUAUUUAAAAUUAGUAUUUCUCAAGUUAUGCAAAGGCUAAAUUUAUUUGAAACAUUCAAGAUUGACUAUUUAUAUGUAUGUAUAUAACUUGUAUGUAAAAUGUUUAACUUAUAAUAAAAUAAUACUUAACACUCUA